AUGGGUGGAUUUAUAUCAAUUAACCUUGAAGAAAACUAUAAAAGAAACGAGAGAUUUCUACAAAGCCUUAAUGAAAUCGCAAUGGAAAGACAAAUUCAAUUACAAUAUCAAUUACAAGAGCGGUAUAAGGCAUUGGAAAUAGCACGAAAUCGAGAUAUUUUCCUUUGGCUUUCUGCAUUCAAUGUCACGGCGGCAGCUGGUUUGUUAACUGGUUUUAGGAGAACCAAGAGGUCCUAUCUUUUGAUCCCAUUAGUACCGUUAACCUUCGUAAAUCUGUACUAUUGGGACCUAGGGUACGGAAACAAAGUGCACAGGAUCAGGAUGGAAGCGGAACAUAUAAUGUCUCACGAAGCUGACGCGUUGGAAUUGCCCUGCGGCCUACCGACCCCGUCAUCAGUAGACCAGGGACGCAUGGAUGUGGAGGAAAAGAAAAAGAUCCAUCCACCGAUGCCC